AGAGGGGGCUGGGCAGCAGUAGCAACCAGAGGCAGAGGCAGAGGCAGAGUCAAAGCCUCGACAGCAUUGAAAAUCAGCCCGAGCAAAAGCUCAAGUCGCAAAUUUUUGCGCAAGGGCAGGCAGUUUGAGUAUUUUGAAAGCGCUGGGGGUUGGGGGUGCGGGGGUUGCUUGAAAUUUCGCAACACUUGCGCGCCAUUUAGGGGUGGCAAGCGGAACGAAACGAAACGAAGCGAAACGAAAUAAAACGCGAGAAAACGAAACGAAACGGAAGUGAAACGCGAGUCGAGUGAAGUGUUUCAAUUUGCCAUUUGUUCCUAUGUUUCAUAUACAGGACGGCACCGUUAACAUGGACAAGAUGACGGUGGCCCAGAAGAACGCAUAUCUGGAGGCGCACAUGGCCGUGCAACAACAAAUGGCCCAAGCGGCCAUACAAUUCAAGCAACAGCAACAGAGUUCCGUGCAACAACAGCAGAGUUCACCGACUGCCAACAAUAACAACAGCAACCAGAACAACGGCAGCAUGCAACAGCAGCAACAACAGCAACAGCAGCAGCAGCAGCAACAGCAGCAGCAACAACAGCAGCAACAACAGCAGCAACAACAACAGCAGCAACAUUAUGCGGCCACCAUUAAAGUGCCACAGAUAAGUUCCUCCAGUUCGGCGGGUGGUGCUGGUGGUGCAGCGGGUGACAGCACCUUCACCGUGCCCGACGACGGCAUGGGCUUCGAGGGCGGUGUCCGUGUGCUCCAAAGCCUGGGCACCUGGUCGGCGGCGGAGCAACUCACCUACAACAUACCGAAGCCCAAUCUGAUACCCUUCACUGAGCCCUACGUGGAGGGUGGCUCGAUGCAUCCGGCCAGUCGGCUCAAAGCGUUGCAACAGGUGCAACAAGCCUCGUCCGGUGUGCGCAAAACAAAUCCCUCAAAGUCCACCAACAAGGCAUUCGAGUGCACAGUCUGUGGCAAAGGAUUGGCGCGCAAGGACAAACUCACGAUUCACAUGCGCAUUCACACCGGGGAGAAGCCCUAUAUUUGUGAAGUGUGCAACAAGGCGUUUGCCAGGCGGGAUAAACUUGUUAUUCAUAUGAAUAAAUUCAAGCAUGUGACGCCGACAAAUAUUGCGCCGCUGGGCAAGCGUUUAAACAAUAUGGUGAAGAAGAAGGAACAACCGGAUCCGCCCCCGGAGGACAAUAAACAGAGCCUGGAGCUGCAGCUGCAACAGCAGGCGGUCCAGGUUGCGGCACAGAAUAUCAUAGUGCAAUCGGCGCAGGGGGCGCCAACAGCAAUACCGGGCAUUAUCAUUCCACAUCAUCAGCAACAAUUGUCGUGGACGUGCGAGCUGUGUGGUCGCAUGUUCUCGAGCCGGGACGAGUGGUCCAUUCAUGCCAAGAGUCAUCUGGAGGAACGGUUAGUCGUAGAGUCCACAAAACCAGCAGUCGCCAUCGUUAAGAACAACAACAGCAACCACCACAACAACAACAGCAGCAACAAUAAUCGUGGCUAUCAAAUGGAUGCAAAUCAAAACCAAAUACUCAACAACAGCAACAACAACAGCCAGAAGAUAAUCAUACAAAAUCAGAUGAUCCUCAAUGCCAACCAUCAGCAGCAGCAGCAGCAGCAACAGCAACAUGUUGCUGGCGGCAAGAAAGCGGCCAGAAAGCACCACCAACAACAACAGCAGCAGCAGCAGCAACAACAACAGACCAGCGCGCCUAUGUACAAUAAUAAUACUAACAACAACGGUGGCACUCAACAGGGACACGAAGUGUCAGUGCCCGUCUCGCACAUCAUUGCCAACUCACCAACAGCAGCUAGUUAUAUGCAGGCUCAGCUGAGUGGCCUGCACGCCAGCAACAGUGUGAAUGUUGGUGUUGGUGUCGGUGUCGGCGAUGGCGGCAACAUGAACAUGCCCAUCGUCACCUAUAAUGGCAAUCAAUAUUGUGUCAUAACUCGUGCCCCGGAAUCGGAUGCCAUUGCCAUGCAGAAGCAACCAAUGCCGCUGGACUAUGGCCAGGCCACCACCACCAACAUUAUUGUCAUGUCGCCAAUGCUGCCCCCGCAACAACAGCAACAACAGCAGCAGCAGCAACAGCAGCAACAACAACAGUAAGCAGAGCUCGUCAUGAUUUGCAAAUUAAGUUUAAGUACUUACAAAAUGAGGCGGAAAAUUUAAGCACAUUGCCGCGGGGUGUGUUGUGUUGCUGUUGUGCCCUCAACGGCAGUUAAUGGCGACUCAUAACGGGCAUUUGACGAUGGCAGAGAAAGGCAACAAAAGGCUGGCAGCUAAAUGGCCAAGUUAAGUGUGUGUCGCUGCCUCAGGAUCCUCAGUCAACCGUCUUCAAGCUGAUCAGCAAUCAGCGCCAGCUCGCAAGCAAGCUAUAAAUACAAAUUGUAAAUAAAGUUUUUAAAAAACUAAAACAAAAUGAAAAAAAUGAUGAAAAAAAAAAUGAGAUAUGAAAACCCUUAAGUGUAUGUUUAAGUAUAAAAGAAGAGAUUCAAUAAAUACGAUAUGCCAGCGAAUAGAGGAUGUUUAAAAAUUAAAUUUCGCAUGUAAUGCUUCAAUUCGAUUCAAAUCGUUUUUCAAACGGAUUCAAAACUAAUUGCAAUACAUGAAUGUAAAAUCCGCAUUAACUAUCUAGUCUAAGUAAUUUUACAUAUCCAUUUAAAAACGAUGAUGAUGAUAACUUUAAAUUCAAAUUUCACCCAUAAUGCAGCCAUAACACUGAGAUAUUAUGUUCUUAAUUCUAAUUUAUGUUCAUCUUUCUCAUCUUAAGUUCGGCAUUAAGCAAAUGAAAUGAAUACCAUAUUCAUCAAAUAUGAGCUAUAAAACUUGUAAGUGCAUAAAGUGAAUGUGUUUGUAUUUGUAUUUGUAUAGUACGCGUUUAAAUCAAUUGUUUCUAAUUAAUUACGCUAAACAGAUAAACAAUAUUUAUGUCUUACAAAAAUAAAACCAAAAAUUACUUACCUAUACUUAUGUAAGUAGUUCCAGUAGCGUGUCCAUCAAUGAUACUCAUAACCCAAAAGAAAAGGAAAGAAUAAUCGUACUACGGCAAACAAUGUGAAAAAUGAUUGAACAUAUAUUAAAUUAACAAUAAAAUUUAACAAUUUUUGA